AUGUUGAUCCUCCUCAUCCUCAGUCUAGCCACCCAGGCGCUGGCCCAGAGAAACUCGACACUUGUGGUGGGGUGGCAGUUUGAUAGCGACGACCGCUCAUCGUGGGAUAUUCUAUGGACGUGUGUCUCCACCAUUUUGGCAUGCACCUGGACUGCGAUGCAUCUCUCGCUUAGGAGAGAUGAUAACUCCCACAUUGGGAUGGGCCAUUUAGUGAAAACUCUUACAUGGAUGUUCGUCGUGAUGGCACCGGAGCUGCUGGCUAUUAUGGCCGUUCAAGAGUAUCGGGAAGUGAAACUGAUUCUUGCGCGCUGCAAUACUGCUCAAUCGGCGGUUUACAGGGGGCAUAAAGCCUUCUCGUCAGAGCCAAUCGCAGAGAAGGCCACUCGCAAAGAUGAAGAGGAACCAGAGCCAACAAAGGCAUCCACAGAGGCGACCAAAGACGGCGACAAAGAUGUGUCAGAGCACGCGGCGCCAGACCCAACCGAGCCAUCGGCACGUGUUUUUCGACAUUGGAAAAUGGCCCAAGGGUACUAUAUUCGGAUGGAAGGAUUUGUUCUACAAACCAAAGACUACUGGGUCUACACCGUGCGGUCCGACAAUGUCGUCAACCUCAUCCAAGCAGGAAUCAUCCAGCCGUCCGACUUGAAGAAAAGCGAUAUCAAAGAUCGAGACAAAUCUGAUCCCUUUUCAAAAGCCUUCAGCCUCGUCCAGAGUACAUGGGUGGCAAUUAAUGUCAUUGCCAGAAGGGCUUAUGACUUACCCAUCUCGUCUCUAGAGCUCUCAACCGCGGCCUAUGUCGCCUGCGCCUUAGUCACUUACCUGGCUUGGUGGAAUAAGCCCAAGGACGCGUACACCUUCAUCACACUCCACCUGCCGUAUGAGUAUGAUAGUGACGAGAUGCCAUCUCAAUUGCGCAAUGCUGAAAAGAGGGAUUGGUUGCAUAUGUCGCCACUGCUAUCCAAGAACUACGCCGAGUCCGACGAGGACAAACGACACGGGUUCCGGACACAAUUCAAAAAGAGAUAUAAGGAGAAGCGCGCCCAAAGAGCAUACAAUCAGGCGGGGCCGGACCCUGUGGCAGAGACCUCGGACACUUCGGCAGACAACUCGGGGGAGGCAAAUGAGAAUGAAGACCAUCGUUUUAGAGAGCCAACGACAGUCAAGGAACAAUUCACACUUGAUAUGCUCGCAUUCAUGACCGCACUGACGUUCUGCGCUAUUCACAUUGCAGCGUAA